UUGAAAUUGUAAGAUUGCCCACGUAAGAUCGAAGCUAUGAGCAAGACUCUUGUUCCCUUGCAGCUCCAGUGGAAAAAAGGAGGAGACAAUGUUUAUGUUGCUGGAACGUUCAACAAUUGGACUCCCGUGGCAUUGCGAAAGAAAAACGACGGUUCUUUUGAAGUCACGUUGGAAGUACCCCCAGGUGAAGUAGAAUUCAAGUUUAUUGUUGACGGAGAGUGGAGAGAAAGUGAAGAUUAUGAUACCAAGCUUAGCAGCGUGAACUCUUUGAACAAUGUUCAACUUGUCGAGCUACUCAAAAGUGAACAGAUUGGUACUCAAGACAAGAUAACCGAUUCCGAGAAAGACAUAAACGUCGAAAGUUAUGAAAAUGUUCGAGUUCCAGCAAAUUCAGAGACGUCCAUUGUCGAUGAGAACGGACACGAGUCUGAAAAUAUGAAGAGUUCGAAGUCUGAUCGGAAAAAAGAAGAAACUUUGCAAGUUAAAACGAAAGAAAGUCAAAGAGCCAAGGUAGAAAGCAAUACAGGAGAGAAGUCAGUAGAACCUGGAAAAAAUUGGAAACAAAGAUGUUGUGUAUCCUGAAAUAUUCGAAUGAGUUAGGUGACCAUUCCCACGUAAACAAUGGAUAUACACGAUAGUAAAUUUUUUGUUCUACAUAAAAAUAUUCUCGAUAUUCAAGUUAAUAUAGCGAAUUGCUUCUCGUUCAACAAUAUGUCAAGAGCCAAAGUCAUUGUAUCAUGCAAACCCAACUCGUUUCUAUUGGAAAGCUCUUUGAAUAACGACAAGCGGUCAAAGAGUCCAUCCCUGCUGUUAACUCAACUGGUCUUUGCCAUCCAAAGCAUGUGACAGAAUAUAGAAAUGGCCACUAAAUAGACUUUCUUCAUUUCUUGCAAGUAAAACUUCGAGAUGAAUU